GUUAGCAAGUAAUUACUUUUAAGGACAUUUAAAAACAAAAUUGUGUGUGUUGAUUUUUGUAAAUUAUGAAAGCAAUUUCAAUUCUAACACUCAUUAAUACGCAUGGAUUCAUUUAAGAAAAAGAUCAUUCUUUAAUCUAAUUCUUCAUUUUCUUAGAAAUAUGAAGUAUUAAAAAAUAACAUGCAGUCACCUAUCAUUUUCCUUAUUUGUUUUACUUGUGGCAAUGUAUCCAUCUACUCACUACAAAACAAAAAUAAUUGGAGGGAAGAUAGUAACAGUUCCCGUACACAAUAACAACACACGCAACUACAACACGCAUGGUUAUCCAUCGGCACAUAGCUAUGGUACAACAACACAUGUCAGAGACUACACACAAGAAAAUGCACAAUACAGAUAUGAUACCUCUUCGAACAUUCAAAUAAAUAUUAAUGCAUCAGCACGACACGAAGCUCAAAAGAAUAAACAACGUGCUAUAGCACAAACAUAUCGCUCAAUUCUCUCUCCUGAACCUACAUACAAGACACAAGCAUGUGAUUCUUGGCAUGCUUCAGAUCCGUUCACCAAUCAAGUUAAGAAAAACAUUUCAUCAGCCUCACGCCAUCAGCUACUAUCAGCAUUUAGUUCAAUGAGAAGACUUGACCCAUAUGAGAAUGGAAUUUUAUCUGGUGUUGAACUACAUGAAGUUCUUGCUGUACAUAACAUACAUGUAGAUCCCCGUUUAACAGAAGCAUUGAUAAAACGAUAUCAAGUCUCCUCUGGUGGUGUUGCUUAUGUUAACAUGUGGAAAUACAUCAUGGAUUGCUUCGGAGACCAAGAUAAAUUUGGUACAGCAGAAAAGUCAAAAGUAUACCAACAACAUUUGGAAGAGUAUUAUAGAAAUACUUUGUAUGAACCUUACGAAAGGUCUUCAAAGCCACAUAUACAACCAUCGUUGCAAGCAGAGCUGGAAUUUGAACUUCGACAUUUUGCAAGGUCAAAUCAAAUGUGUCUAAACACAGAGAAUAUUCAGUAUAUAUGUCAAUCUUUGGAUAAAUAUAACAAUGGUAAAUUAUUACACAAACAGGUACUGGAUAUCUGUUACAGAGAGUUGACUGGUAUUGACAUCAAUAUAAUUACAAAAGUAAUUCGAGCAUGUGAUACCGAGAAUCGGGGACUUGUUGACUAUCCUUUGUUUUUAAAAACAAUUUCUGACUGUCAACCAACUUACCUACCUCCAAUCAAUACAAGUCCAAGAGCUUUAGUAUCUGGAGACAUUGGUACAAUGUGGAAUCCACAUCAAUCCUAUACUAAUAUGAAUAAUCAGCAAAAAAUAGACAUUCAUGUUCCUACAGGAAAUGCUAAGGAGUUAGAAAAGCUUGGUGGAUUGGAUUUGCAUUUGAGUGAUUUCGAAACACAGAUUCAUUCGAAAAAAUCUCCUGUAUUGACCCCAUCUCCACCAAGAGAAGCCUCUCCAAAUAAUGUAAAGUCAGUAUUAGAAACAGCUGUAGAAAUUCGAAAUAGAACUUACUCUAUAGAUUCUAAUAACGACAAUUCUCCAAUUCUACCUGUUACUGACGAGCGGGAAUCUACAUAUGUACAAAACGGAAAAGAAAGGCCCGUUGAGCAAGCUAGAAAUGUUUCUUCACCACAAAAAUCUGCAAAAAGAACUCCUAGUCGUCGACAAUGGAAUGAAACAAAGAUGUUACAAAGUGAACUAACAACAGAUACAAAUAAAUUGAUUAUAAAACAAAAUCAUCGAUCUGUUUCAAAGAUGGAGAAAUGGUGGAAAAAGGAACUGGACUCUAGUGGAAAUAGUGGGUAUGGAUUCAGAUAUGGCCGUAAAACAUGGGGCCAAUCAAAACCAGUAAAGAGUAUCAAAGGAAAAAGAAAAAGAAAACCAAGGAAGUUUAAGAAAUCUGCUGACUCAUGUUUUAAUGUAGUCAAACAUGAACUUACCACGGACUCAGAAUGCUUGACUGCUACUGAUAUGGAUUCUGAAGUUUACACAACAACAGACAUUGAAGUUGGUGAAGAAAUUCCAAUAAAAAAGAAACUUAGUCCUUUCAGAAUUGUGCCUGAUAUACCGUCAAGAAUUGAAAAUGGAAAAAAAAGUUUGAUAACUCAUGAAAAAGAUAAUUCUUCUGUACUCCCAAGCAACAAGGUAGAGUCAGGUUCUUUAAUUGAAGAUAACGAAGGCCAUAAGAAUGGCAUUGUAAGCACAAUAGAGAAAGAAGAAAAAGGUGAAGAUGACAUAGUUAAGAUGGUUGAAAAAGUGAAACUUGUCUCUUUGUCGCCAUCCCCUACUUCUUAUGAAGAGAAAGGCACAAUAGACAUCAAUGGAAAAAGUUUUUUUGUGUAUCCAUCAUAUGCAAAAACCUCAGUUAAUGAAUCUGCUCCAGAACAAAAAUUACAACUAGAAUGGAUAUAUGGUUACGGAAAAAAAUUAAAUGCUACCUCAACGAAAGAGAUUAUAUUUUACACUGGACGUGUUGUUGUUGCUAUGGAUACAGAAAAACAAAAACAAAGGUUCUACAGAAAGCAUACAGAGAAUAUAACCAGUUUAUGUGUGCAUGCAGACAAAACCACAGUGGCAAGUGCACAGGAAAGAAAAGAUGCAAAGUGCAUCAUUUAUAUAUGGAAUGUCAUUGAUUUAUCUACAACGUCAUCAAUAUUUAUCAUAUCUGAUAAAGUUUUAAAAAUUGUUUCAAUGGACUUUUGUCAAAAGGAUACAACACUUGUAGCUGUGCAAACAACAGAUUCUGGUUUUUCAAUUUGUGUAUACGAUUAUGUAAAGGGUGUUGUGAAGUAUCAACUGAAAGAGGAUGAUCCAUUGCUCAAAGAUGUUCGCUUGGAAGAUGUACUGUGUUCUCCUAUAAACGGGAGUGUUUUUGUGACGUAUGGACGAAAUGGAAGUCUUCUGUUUUGUAACAUUAAAGAAGACAACAUUAGCGGAGAUGCUGCUGAAUUUGGGGCUCUGGAAAUUUCUAAGAAUAUAUUAUGUGCAGUUUUCAAUAAAAAUGGUGAUCUUAUAACUGGUCACUCAAACGGAGGGUUGUAUGUUUGGCGAAGAAACAAAAUUGAUCAUGCAAUUCAUAAUGCCCAUAAUGGACCAAUUACUGCCAUGUGUUUCACAAAACAUGGCUACUUACUUACUGGAAGUAGCAGGGAAGAUGUGGUACUUGUUUGGGAUGAACAAAUGAAAUGUAUAUUUAAAGAAGAUAAAAUACUUAAAAAAAACAAAGGGUGCAGAGAUAUAUGUAUCUAUGACGACGUGAUGUGUAUUGGUACAUCUUCAAAUAGUUUGAUCAAGACAAGCAUUAAUCCUGUCAAGAUAUUUUCUCUUGCUGAGAAAGAAUUGGUCACUCUGUCCGAGUGUCAUGCAGAUGUUGUAAUGGGUAUAUGUAAGCAUCCCUCUUAUAACGAAAUGAUGAUAUCUCUAUCUGCAGACGGUUGUGUUUGUAUGAUAAAUAUUGAAACAAAAGUUGUUGUUUGGAUGCAUCAAGUUAAGGGUAAUGGCUCCUGCAUUUCUUUUCACUCAUUGGAUGAAUUUAUUUUUGUUGGCUGCCAAGAUGGAAGUAUUCAUCUUAUUGAUGCCACUAAUGGCACAUUUGUUGAAAAAUUUAAAGACACGCAAACAUCAAUAUCAUGUCUCCAGUCCUCCCCAGAUGGGAAGUUACUUGUUUGUGGUAUGGCUGAUGGAAAAAUUGUUUGUUACAAUUUUGAUGACAAAAAUAAAGAUUUAGAGAUGAAUAUUAUUUUAAAGAAGGACUGUAUUAACCCUAUUGUGUCCAUUGAUUGGUGCAUUUCAAACAGCAUUAUUAGAGCUCAAUCGGUUACGAAAGAAAUUUUUUACUUUGAUGUACCAACUGGAAACGUAGUUGACAAUAAUGAAUCCAUGAUUUGGUCAACAAAUACUUGUACAAUUUCAUACGAAUUGCUAGGUCUGUGGAGAAAGAAAGUAUUCCAUGCAAAAAAUUCGCCUCUGGAUGUAAGUAAGAAGAAAGAAUUAGUUGCAUUUGCUCAUGAAAAUCAACUUUGUUUAGCAAAUUAUCCAUGCGUCACGGAGAAGAGCAUGUUCAUCGGUACUCCAUGUUGUGGAUACAAUGAUUUGGGUUGUAUUUGUUUUACUUUGAAUGGUACACAUGUUGUUACUUCUUAUGAAUGUAACGGUUGUUUGUGGCAAUGGAAAUUAGUUUAAUUUAUCUUCACAAUGCAUGAAAUAGUAAAUUAAUUAAUGUAAUUAAACAGUUAUUGUUCAAUAAGCCAAGUAUUGGUAUUUCAACAAAAGAUUUUAUGUCUGGAUAAUUUUGAUGUGUUUAUAUGUGUGUAUGUAAAUUUUCAAAUUAAUUAUAUUUAUUUUUUCAAGUUGUACACUUUAAUGAGAUGAAAACUUAUUUUUACUAAUGUGUUUAUACUGAUUCGAUAUUUUAUUUUAUUUUUAUUUUUGGAACUUACUAUAUUUUUAAACUUAUUCUAUAUUACAAUAAGUUUUUUUUAACAAGAACAUGAUUUAAUCAGGCAACCUAAACUUUUUGUUUUUAUGUUAACUAUCUGUAAGCGGUACAUAAAAAACAAGUUAAUUAGUUAGCUUAAAUUAUAUAUUGUGGUGUAUAUCAUCAUUAGCACUGUUAAUGGGCAUAUUUUCUAUCCAAUAGAUGGUUGCAAAAGAGUGAAGAUAGAUAAUAGAGACUUCUAAGUUUACAAGAAUUGUACUUAUAAAGCAUAUUCUUAAUAUAUAUGGAAAAGAAGAAAAUGCAUUUCUUGUUGAAUUUUUGGACCUGCUGUUGUUAUUGCACUUUUAGUAAUGGCCUCACUUAACGUAAAAAAAGAUUAGGGAUCUUUUAAUACUGAAGACAUAAUAAUACUGAACACAUAAUAUUACACAUAGAAAAUAAAAGGUAUAUUAGACUUUUUCUUGAUCUAGUCUCCUGUCAUUAAACAAAGUGUAUCCAAUGUUUGCUUGUACUUUCGUGAGGUGGCGGAUAGUAUAUUAAUUUUAUAACCACAGUUUAUUAGAAAAUUAAAGAAGAACUGUGUGAGCAUUUUACAUGACUAUCCUCACAAAUUAUCGAAGGAUAUACCCUGUCUAUUAUUCCCAGGAGGGACCAUGGCUUCGAUGGAAAGUCCUGGUUAAUCCUCAUCUUGAGCUGUGCAGAUUCAAUUAGGGUCUGGGCUUUGAAUAAAAGAAACGUAAUAUCUACAAAAAUUAUUAUGAAUAGUGAAUAAAAGAUACAAAAAAAUCAGGGGUAUAACACAUUAAAUAUUUUUAAUUGUUUAUUUUUGGGUUAUGGUUUUACUUUUUUUAGAGCAUCAAAGUUACAAUACAGUCAACAUGUCUGUUGCAUACCCUUGUGCAUUUGUGAUACAAAAUUCUGCUGUGUGAGAAUUGGGCAGAAAUUAAAAAAAUAACUUCAUUUGAAUGAUUUUGCAAAUAUUUAUUCAAAACAAUGAAAAAAUUCCACCACCAACUGUAAAUGCCUGACGUUUUACUGCAAGCAUUUUACACUGGUACGGGUACUGUAAUGGUUCAGUUAUCAUUCAACACAUCCACAUCCAUUACAACUUAAAAGUCCACUUUUUAAAAAAUAUAUAUGAUGAGGUAUAAAAACAAGAUAAAUCGUCUAUUAAAUUUUAUUUUUCUUCUAGAUAGUAAUAAAUCUACAUUUUUCCAUUAAAACGCUAAUAACUCCCCCUCCGAUAGUUUCAUUAUUUUCUUUCUCUAACUUUUUUUCAUAACCUUGAUAGUUUGCUGACUAAAAUAUAUAAAUACUGAUUUCCACCACAGAUCAGGAGAUUAUUAAUUUCUGCCAACCAGGAUUUUGGGUGGUAACAUCUGUUAUUGUCACUUGAAAAUGUUCCUUGUAAACUAUCUAUCAUGCACAAUAUAAACUGUUUAAACUUGUGUUAUAAAUAUUACAAGUUAAUAAUGCAGGACUAUGGAUUAAAAUAUUUAAUGCAUAUAUUUUUUGCAAAUUUCAAUUAAUUCCUUUUAUUGUUUUCUAAACCAAUCAUUCUUGUAUCGCUUAAUUUUAAACCAAUCAGCCUUUUUGAUAUGAUAAUUCUUGUCUAGGCGCACACAUACAGUUUUAUCAUUAUGUCUUCAAAGCUUUGUUAUGCGGAAUACAUAGACAUUAUUUUGAUAUUAUGCAAGUUCACUGCUUAGAGCAGUCAAAAAUGUAAAAUUUAGAGUGGGGCUGCAGUUUUUAUAUACAAGGUUCUUUGUAAGAGACUGCUAUGUUUACCUAUCCUCUGAGAGACCGUCUUUGACAGAUUUCACUGUAAUAGUAUAGACUGAGAAGCAAUGCAAAAAAAAACAUUAUUUUAUGGAAUAGAUAAAGGUUGAUCGAC